UUUUGAAUUUCUAAGUCUUAGCAAGGUUGAAAAAGCAAAGUUCAGAAAGUAAUUCAACGAUCGGAUACCCGAUCAAUUCAUGCAUCUCAAUUUAACUAACUUGGGUAUGGUAAAACAAGCAAAAAAUAGAAACAUUUAUUGUAUUCCUGAUGAAGUCUAUCAGCUUAGUUGGACUUAUUUGCAUUUGGGGCUUUGGAGCCCUUGCACUUGAAAAUGGAUUAGCCCGAACACCACCAAUGGGAUGGCUUGCAUGGGAAAGAUUCCGGUGUAAUACAGACUGUACCAAUGAUCCUGAAAACUGCAUUAGUGAAAAAUUAUUUAUGAAAAUGGCCGAUUUAAUGGUGUCAGAGGGCUAUUUGGGAGCUGGUUACAACAUUAUUUCACUUGAUGAUUGUUGGCUUAGCCACAAUCGCUCAGAGAGUGGACAGCUACAGGCAGAUACCAACCGUUUCCCCAAUGGAAUCAAAGCUCUUGCUGAUUAUGUCCACUCCAGAGGUCUCUAUUUUGGGAUGUAUGAAGAUUAUGGAACUUUAACUUGUGGAGGAUACCCAGGGAUUCUCAAUCAUUUGGAGACAGAUGCCAAAACCUUUGCUGAAUGGGGAAUAGACUAUGUGAAGCUAGAUGGAUGCUAUGCUGAUCCUUCUGAAAUGGAUAGAGGCUACCCUGACUUCGGAUCUUUACUGAAUCAAACUGGUAGACCCAUGGUGUAUUCUUGUAGUUGGCCGGACUAUCAAAUCGAAAAAGGAAUACAGCCCAACUAUACUUUCAUUGGAACCGUAUGCAAUCUUUGGCGAAAUUUCGACGAUAUUGACGAUUCGUGGGCUAGCGUGUCGAGUAUCAUUGAUUAUUAUGGCGAUAAUCAAGAUACGUUGAUACCUGCGGCUGGACCUGGCCAUUGGAACGAUCCCGACAUGCUGAUUAUUGGCAAUUUUGGUCUGAGUUAUGACCAAAGCCGGGCACAGAUGGCCAUGUGGGCGAUUUUAGCUUCACCACUCUUCAUGUCAGUUGAUUUGCGGACCAUAAGACCCGAGAUGAAAGCAAUCCUUCAAAACAAAAACGUAAUUGCCGUCAACCAGGAUGAAUUAGGCAUUCAAGGCAGGCGGAUAUUUAAGAAAUCUGGUGUUGAAAUUUGGGUGAAGCCCGUUCAGCCAAGUUUAGGAGACAAUCGUUCUGCAGCGCUAGCUUUUCUUAACCGCCGAACAGACGGAACGCCAACUCGAAUAUCCAUUGUACUGCGUGACGCUGGCCUUAGGUCUGCGUCAGGUUACAAAGUACAAGAGAUGUUUGAUGGGUUAGAUCUAGGAAUCUACCACCCUGAUAACACUUUAACCGUUGUCGUGAAUCCUUCUGGAGUGGUAAUGGUCAAAUGUACUAUUCUGAAGAAAAAGUCUUUUGUUUCAAAGAAAAAAUUGAUUGGAAGGUAUUCUUCUGCUGGCAAGAUAAGCAUUCCAUAGUGGUGAUUCCUUGGUUCACCAAGUACACAACCUAUUCUUCUGUUUGGUUAAAAGUAUUAACAAAAUAUAAUGCUCGUUAUGAUACUGCCGUCAUCCGAUUUAUAGGGUACGUCCAUACCGUGCCGUAAAUUCGCUGUAAUGUUCACCCACUACUGGGAGCUAUAACCUCCUUUAGUACAAAGUGAUUCUCUUAA